GAGAGAAUUUAAUACACAUGAUUUUAGCGUUAUUUUUAUCCUGAAUUACACUUCAGUGUACUGCAAAGUACCCCCUUUAUAAUAGCAUUAAUGGUAAUGCAUGCAAGGAAACAUCCACGCCUCAUCAAUGAUGGGUACUACGACAGAAAGGACACCCGUCUGUAUCAGAGUACCCAGUACCCGCCUAAAAACCACCAGGGGGGUCACCCUGACAGGUACGCACGGAGAGACUCCCCAUCCUUCAGAAACAGAGACGACAGCCCCAGCAGUCGCCGCAGUCCUCGAUACGCUAACAAAGCUUCGUAUAUUGAAAGAGGCCGAGAAAAGCUGCAGCAAGGUUCCACCAGCUCGCCGGGAGAUUGGCGCGCCAACCAUUAUGGUGGAUCUAGCAGCAACGCUAACGGCGGUGGUUACGACAGAGCUUCUAAGGCUGCUAAAGAGUCGGCCAGCUCUGGCAAGGAUUCCAAGGAAAGGGAUCACAGAUCAGAGGUACACAAGUCGGCGGUGGGCUUGUCGGGGGACUGGUCUGAACAUAUCAGCUCAUCGGGGAAGAAGUACUACUACAAUUGUCGCACAGAGGUCUCGCAGUGGGAGAAACCCAAGGACUGGGUUGACCUCCCUGGAAGCCGAGGUUCUGACAGCAGAUCAAAAGACAGCAGGUCAAGCAGUAACAGACAGCCAGCCUAUACCUCAAACAAAUCCUCUGGAGAUGGGGGUCGACAUUCCAGCGCUGGAGACAGAGACAGACCAUACAGGGCAAGUAACCAUGGCAACAGGGGCUCUUUUUCCGGCAGUAAAAACACGGACAGAUCUGGCGGCCUUUAUUCCGGCCAACCCACGUCUUCAGCCGCCUCCCACGGUCAGCCACAGGGAGACUAUAAGUUUUCAAAUGCCGGAGGGAGCAGUGGGCACCCCCAUCACAACUACGGCCCGAUGGACGAUGGCACGUACAAAGACAGAAGGAAUCAUAGUGUUUAUCCUGCUCAUAGUGGCUCGCACUCGGGCUAUAAGCGGGAGCGAAGAGACAGCGACAACAGCAGUCGCCAAAUGACCGGACAUUAUUCUUCACGGAGUACCGAGAAGAGAGCGACGGAAAACGACCGGAGAGGUUCGCACCAAACAGAUGACAUGGAUAUAUCCCCGACUAACACACCACCGUACAGCCGUCAGAAUUCUCGCCUCAGCGGCACACCUAUUCUCCCCUCCUCCAGCACCCCGAUAACGGUGACGACGCCUACGUGGGCCCAAGCCUAUUCCGGGAGUGGAGUCUGUCUUACCCACACCUCCCCGCCGGUCAACUCCUCACAUGGCCACCCCUCCAUAAAUACACUACUCAGCCCCUCAGCCCGACCUAACAAUCAGGAUCAUGAAUUUACUCAAAAAGCCUUGCAAACUCUUCAGAAGUUACAAGAAGCGUUGAGUCAGCAACUGGCGAGAACAGUUCCAAGUUCCUCUCCUGGUGGAUUGACGUUGUCCAAUCAAGACCUUCUGUCAAAUCAGGCCCAACGCCCACAUGGGACACACUUGGUAUCUAGUGCGGGAAGCAUGGGUCAGACCGGCGUGACGCUAAUGAGUAUGGGCAGUGUGCCCACAUCACAAUCGCUCCACCAUCAGCACCAGGCGUUGCAUGACGACAUGGAAAAAGGGCGCGAAACGCCACGCUCAGAGAAAAGUGUGCGGUCCGGGAGCCCUACCCCAAGUGUCAGCAGUAGUAAGGAUGCCCCUGUGGGGUCCAGCGCCCUGCCUGUGGCAGGCAUCAGACACACAACUCCCCAGCUGACGCCGUCCCUAGCCAAUCACUUCAAUGAAAAAUUAAUUAGUCAUGUCCAGGGUUGGCAGGCAGACCAUGCAGAAAGACAGGCGAACCGGUUCAUGGAGGAAUACUUGACAAUCGGCAGCGUUCAUUGUCAACAUGUGUCAGUGGAACUUAAGAGGGCUCGCUCCCUGGUGCGACUAGCUGCAAUACAAUCAACGUUGCACGAACAAAGAUGUGUUGCGUUAAACGCGCUCAAAAAUCAAUGAGACACGGCUAGUUUUUAAACUCCUGUAUAAAUAUAUUAAUUGUAAAGUUAUGAAAACAAAAAAAAAAAGUGCGGUUGUCUGUGAACGAAGCCUUUGACUCAGCCUUGGGGGCUGAGUGUUUUUUGUUUUUUUUUUUUCCUUAUGGUCAUUUGUGUGUCCACCAAUACGGAUUACUGGGAUAUACCUGUCACUGUUGGAAAUCGUCAAACGUCAUGGGCGAUUGGGUGAGUGGCUAGUUUACUAACAAACUCUGUCCGCUAAGAUGGAGCUACAUGUGUAUGUAUUUUGCUGUUACUGCUCCUGUUCCUCUCAGUUAGAAUUGCAAUUUUGGUUACUUAAAGAUUUUUUUUUUUUUUUUCUUUUUCAUUACACAUAUUCAUUUGUUAACAAAGAUUCAUAUACAUGUUUUUCUUCUUGUUAAUUUUUAUUUUGUUUGUCUACUGUAGUACUUGAAAGUGUUAAAUUCUUUUUUACCAUUCACUUCUGUCUUGAAUAAAGAAAUUUACAUGCAUUUUCCGAUCAAGAACCAAAAGAGCCUAUUUUAUAAUGCCUGAAGUGCUGCUUUCAGUUAAAAUUUCUUGGAAUCUAGCACUGAGCACCUGGGUGACUGCAUUUUCCAGUAGGUUUGACUUCCUUGUAAAAGCUUUGCAGUUCAUUUCUUGCGGCUUUAUUUGUUGAUUCGUUUACUACACGAGCAUUUCUAUGUUAUCUGUACAUGUACCUUGUAUGUACUGUAAUACAAUGCACAUUAAUGCUCUGCUAUUAAAUUAUGCAGGAAGCUACUGCUGGCUAUCUCAUCAUUGCUGGUUGAUUUGAUUCAUAUAAACAUUUGACAUGCUUUCGGGUUGACUGUUGAAUGGUUAAUGUAGAUUGUUCUUUGUUGAAUUGAUUUGUACCCUUCUGGUCAACUUAGCUUUUAGAAGGGUAUUGUUUGUAGUGGUCUUUAGAAGGCUGUGACCAGCUACUAGAACUCAGGGCACACUUGCAUGAAGCCGCAUUAAAGCUAAGUGCAUGUAACUACCAUGGCGAAGCAAUGCCUACAGUGCUGGUUGGCAUGGUACUUCCAUGCUCUCAACAUUACGAGGGCUUCAUGCAAGUGGGCCCUGGCUCGCAUGCAGCCUAAAUGGUUUCCUAUCAAACACAGCAGCCAGUCAGCGCAGGCUUUAUUGUACAUUGUUACAAAUUAAAUUUUUGUCCAACAGGGAAAAGCAUCUAAAUUACUGUAUUUAACACAUCUAAAGGUUAGUUUGUAAAAAUGAAGUUUCAGAAGACCUUAAAAUACUACUUUUGAUGCCAGGUCUUUUUUAAUGAGAAAUUACUGUAAAUCCACGACCUUUUCAAACCACUAAAGCACUUUUUUCAGUGAGAUUUAAACAUACAAAUAUUAAAGGAAAAAACUGCUAAAAAUGAUCAGUGUGUGUCGUUAAAUAUGCAAGCUUCAUAAAACUGUACAAAUUAUUUCUCUACACCGCAUGGUUCUCUCAGAAUGUUUCAAAAUAUUGGCUGCAGAGGCAGUUGAAAAGGUUGAAGAAUUAUUGUAAUCAAACUGUCGUGCUACAAGGUGGAUGAAUCCAUCAGCUUCAAGCUAAGUGUGCUCCCUGAAAAAUGCAAAAAGUUUAGGUGAAGUAGAAAUAUAGUGUUGUCCUACAGGAAGAUACAUUUUCUACCUGUAGGUGUAUGCACAUCUGUACAUCUGCCCUUUUUGGUUUGGUCCCAAGUAGGACAGGAAAAUGUAAUUAUUUCUCCUCUGUCUGUUUAGAUGAAAGAAGCAAGGUGGAAUACGUAUCACCAGUAAUGCAGUAGUUUCAAUUAUUAGUCGUAGUCAAGACAUAGAAUUAAUAAGUUUCCAACUUCACAAGUUCACUGAAAUAGAAAGUACUAAGCUGGCAACAUGACAAAGUGCUACUGACAUAAGUAUUGACCAGUAUUGAGGGCUUGUAACAAAGUAGAGUCACACAUUAUGCUUAUCUGUUUUUGCCUGCCUGAUACACAUACUGUAGUUUUGUUCACCUGAUAAAAUAUGUUUCAGUCCUUUGUUUUGAAGAUACAGCACCGUGUCCUACAUAUCGAAUGAUAGCCUAUUGGGGAAAAUUCAACUUUCAGCACCAGAGUUAAUAUUUAUUUGCCCAUAAAAAUGUAUUUUUCGUGCAAAUUUUAAGGGCAAAUUCAUUUUUUUACGCUUUACAUUACAAAUUAGCAAAUUCUGAGGGCAUUGUUCUGUGUAGACUGGUAAAAUUAGACUUUUUGUUAAGCUCUGACAUUUGCAAAUCUGACCAAUUUAGUUUUGUCUGUACAUUAAUAUCUAUCAGAGGUUGGGGACUCUUCCAGUGCAAGUCUUUACUAUGCACAUGUAAUGAUCUGCAAUUUAUUGCUUUUGCAGUUCCUUAAUUUCAAGGUUACCUGCUCUACUGUUCUUGUACAGAUACAUGUGUACUAAGAUCUGUCAGUUUUGUCGAAGCAAAUGCGAUCAGGCGUACGGUAAUUCUUCAACCUUUUCAGAUGUUUGCAAGGUGUUUAUUCAAGCUUGUUCUGAAGGUAUUAUUCUGUGUUGACUGAUAAAAUUGUGUAUUUUUUUUUGAAGCCCUGGAUGAUCUAGCCAUUGUAGUUUCGUCUCCAAAAUGAAAUUAAGAUAUGCAUAAAUUGCACUGAAAGUUGAAAAGUUGAGGAAUUAGGGUACAUAUAUAUACUGUCUUUGCAGUAAGAUUUUUUAUUACUGUAAUUUCUAAUUUUAGCAACAAAUUUGCAUGCUAAGGCUGAUUUCAUACACUUGCAUUAAGGUUACACCCCUGUCCAAUUUAUAUAUGUAAAUGUAGGUGAAACAAGAAGGGUCUCUGUUGAAUGAAAUCCUGGCAGCUAAAACUGCUGACAUGCUUACACGUGUAGAUGUAUUGUUUCUUCCUGUGCUAGAAUGUUGCUUGCUGGACAAGGAACAACUUCUCAAAUUCCUCAUUCUAGGAGUUGCAGAGACGGCUUUGUUAGCAUUUUCAAACACAAAAACCUUGCAGAAGUACGUAUAAUUGACUGUAUUUUACCAAAAGUUUGAUAGGUAAAAACACACUCUUAGAAACACAUAACUGUGAACGUUUUAAAAUGAUACUAUUGAUGCCAACACUUACAUUUAGGUUUUGCUGAUCAGAAAUUAGUUAGACUUCAGCAAAACAAGGUCGAUGAGUCAAUCAGAGCCAAGCAAAAUGUGUCACUUGAAAAAGGCUAAUUUCCAGGUGAAAUACAGUACACCUGUAGUUGUUCAGGUGCAUGAAACCUGCCAUAAUUCAUCUGUUCUAUUUAUGGACCUCUAUACUACAGUUGUGCAUCAUGUGACGACUUAAAUCUAACAACCCAAUCAAGAUACAUUUACACCUCAGACAACUUGAUGAAUCUUUCAUAGAGUUUCAGAAUUUGUCUUUCUUGAUAUCUCGGUAGGAAGUCAACAAUACCUUAUUUUGGUUCCAGUGGUGCAUUUUGUGUAAUAGGGACGAAGGGGACAUAACUGAAGACAUUUGAGUGGAAUAUUAAAUUCUUUCUUCAUAGCUUUUUCUCAAGCGUGAUAUUUUUUUUUAUCAUUAAUCAAGGCCCAGAUGGUCAGAAGAGUGUUAACAGUACAUGUAAAGUCAGGCUUAAUACUAGUUUAUCCUGACACAAAAUAAAUGGGGCAUUAGUUAAUACUGUGGUGAAAAUUAAUACCAUGUUUAAGUUCUUGUGAACAGUUGGGCCUAGGGGCCCUUUUCACAAAGCACAUGUAACAUUACGUGUACUUAGCUUCCAUGGAGACCAAUACUGUAGGUGUUACAUCAUCAUGGUACUUACAUUAACAGGGCCCAGUUGUUCAAAACUGCUUAAGACUUAAUACCAGAUUUAACUUUAAGCCAAGUCUUUAAUUUAGUACUUGGCCUUAAAAAUUGUGUACCAGUAUAUUAAAUAUGAACUGAAACUGCUGCUGAUAUAAUUUUACUUUGGAGAACUGCAUUGGCUGUGAGAUUGUCUAAAAUUUUAAAUAUAAAAUAUGACUUAAUACCAGUAUUAGCUAAUACACUUUCGAACAACUGGGCCCAGAUGACCAAGAUCCUCCGUUUGGAUACUUCCAUUGGCGUUUAGUUUUGUGUAGUAUAGGGAUGGAAUAAAUUGCCAUCUUGUACUCAAGAUUAAAACGUUUUGACAGUUUCCCAGUGAUAGUGUGUCACCUGUAUCCAUAAUAAUGGAGACAUACAUGUAACAUUUGACCUAAUGGCAACACGCUACUCCCAAGGUUCACGAUGGACAAGUGUAGGCCCUGCCGUCUCAAGCUGAAGAUAUAUAUAUUUUGCUAUAAAUGUUCACCAGCCAUGAUUGACUGAGUGUGCUAUGUGAGGGUGUGAUUGUAGCAUUCACUCAGCCUGCCACAAAGGUGGUCUUGUCCAGAAAUAAGCUUUUUCUUCUUCUUACUGCACAUGUAUUUUGUGUAUACAUUGGUUACAAGAGGCUUGAGACAGACUUACGGUCAGCAUUUGUGGAGAAUGGCUUGUGAGAACGCUAGGAUGAGAGUCCGAGCAAACAGUUCAUAUAAUUAAACUGUCAUCUUUCAAACUGAAAAUGGAAGUGAAUGUAGAUGCAUUAUUAACAUGGUUACGUACUAAAACGUUAAAAUUUAUAGUAUAAACAUGUAUCAGUUUUUAAGCGAGACACAGCUUUAUUAAUUAGAGGAGAUCUGUAAGGGUAAUCAGAAGUCCAGGAUAAUUGUAAUACGUAUGGUACAAAGGAAUAUUUUUGUUACUUGACGGUGGAUAUAAUACUGGUAAUAAUUCUGGGUUGAUUAAAUGAAGAGAUCUGCCAAUUUGUAAUGGUGUAAUUCUUCUCAUUUUUGGGACAGGUAUUAGUAGUGUUGAAAGUGGUGUAUUACAUUUCUUUACCAGGCUUUUGGAAAAGUAAAGAUAUGAGUAUGUUGUUCAUUAGAUGGUCUAACCAUGUGAGAAAAAAAGGAACUCAAUAUUGCUGCUAGAAUUACAGAUGUAUUGGCUAAAAUGAGCAGACCAGGUGUCCCAAAAAUUAGAAGAAAUAGGGUAUGUAGAUGAUUGAUCAGAAUUCCUGCACAUCACUGAAGAUUUCUCACACUUGCAUGUCAUUUACUUGUAUGCUACUGUUGGGAAUUCUCACCCAUGUACAUCUGCUGGUGUGGUACUGUUGGGAAUUCUCACCCAUGUACAUCUACUGGUGUGGUACUGUUGGGAAUUCUCACCCAUGUACAUCUACUGGUGUGCUACUGUUGGGAAUUCUCACCCAUGUACAUCUACUGGUGUGCUACUGUUGGGAAUUCUCACCCAUGUGCUUGCAUGCUACUGUUGGGAAUUCUCACCCAUGUACAUCUACUGGUGUGCUACUGUUGGGAAUUCUCAC